ACCAAGCCCGGGCGGGCGGGCGCUGGGAGUCCGCAGCCCGGAGCGGGCUUGGGAGCCGGCGAGUCUGCGGCAAGGAGCUACCGGCUCUGGAGCAGGAGCCGGGCGGAAGCUGGAACGGCGGUGCAGGUGGCGCUGGGUUUCCCUGGAGGCCCUUGGCCAGGCCUGAGCCUCUGCUGCCAUGGCCAUUGUGCAGACGCUGCCAGUGCCACUGGAGCCCGCUCCUGAGGCCGCCACUGCCCCACAAGCUCCAGCCAUGGGCAGCGUGAGCAGCCUCAUCUCAGGCCGGCCCUGCCCUGGGGGGCCGGCUCCUCCCCGCCAUCACGGUCCCCCUGGGCCCACCUUCUUCCGCCAGCAGGAUGGGCUGCUGCAGGGUGGCUAUGAGGCACAGGAGCCGCUGUGCCCAGCUGUGCCCCCCAGGAAGGCUGUCCCUGGCACCAACUUUACCUACAUCAAUGAAGACUUCCGGACAGAGUCACCCCCCAGCCCAAGCAGUGACAUCGAAGAUGCCCGAGAGCAGCGGGCACGCAAUGCCCAUCUCCGCGGUCCCCCACCAAAGCUCAUCCCUGUCUCCGGAAAGCUGGAGAAGAACAUGGAGAAAAUUGUGAUCCGCCCAACAGCCUUCAAGCCAGUGCUGCCCAAACCUCGAGGGGCACCAUCCCUACCUAGCUUCCUGGGUCCUCGGGCCACCGGACUGUCAGGGAGCCAAGGCAGCCUAACGCAGCUGUUUGGGGGCCCUGCUUCCUCCUCCUCCUCCUCCUCCUCCUCGGCUACCGACAAACCCCUGACACUGAGUGGCUGGGCCAGCAGCUGUCCAUCGGGGACUCUAUCCGACUCCGGCCGAAACUCACUGUCCAGCUUGCCCACUUACAGCACCGGGGGUGCAGAGCCAGCCACCAACUCCCCAGGCGGGCACCUGCCUUCCCACGGCCCUGGGCGGGGGGCACUGCCUGGGCCAGCCCGAGGGGCCCCCACUGGGCCCUCCCACUCAGACAGCGGCCGAUCUUCCUCCAGCAAGAGCACAGGCUCCCUGGGGGGCCGCAUGGCCGGGGGGCUCUUGGGCAGCGGUCCCCGGGCCUCCCCUGACAGCAGCUCUUGUGGGGAACGCUCCCCGCCACCGCCUCCACCCCCUCCACCCCCUUCGGACGAGGCCCUGCUGCAUUGUGUCCUGGAAGGAAAGCUCCGAGACCGGGAGGCAGAGCUGCAGCAGCUGCGGGACAGUCUGGACGAGAGCGAGGUGUACGAGGAACGGCAGCGGCACUGGCAGCGCGAGCGCGAGGCCCUGCGAGAGGACGGCGCGGCCCAGGCACAGCGGGCGCAGCGGGCCCAACAGCUGCUGCAGCUUCAGGUGUUCCAGCUGCAGCAGGAGAAGCGGCAGCUGCAGGAUGACUUUGCACAGCUGCUGCAGGAACGUGAGCAGCUGGAGCGGCGCUGCGCCACCUUCGAGCGGGAGCAGCGGGAGCUCGGGCCACGGCUGGAGGAGACCAAGUGGGAGGUGUGCCAGAAGUCAGGCGAGAUCUCCCUCCUGAAGCAGCAACUGAAGGAAUCUCAGGCAGAGCUGGUGCAGAAGGGCAGCGAGCUGGUGGCCCUACGAGUGGCACUGCGGGAAGCCCGGGCGGCGCUGCGGGUCAGUGAGGGCCGGGCGCGGGGCCUCCAGGAGGCGGCCCGAACACGGGAGCUGGAGCUGGAGGCCUGUUCCCAGGAGCUGCAGCGGCACCGCCAGGAGGCUGAGCGGCUGCGGGAGAAAGCUGGGCAGUUGGACACCGAGGCGGCCGGACUCCGGGAACCCCCUGUGCCUCCUGCCACUGCUGACCCAUUCCUCCUGGCAGAGAGUGAUGAGGCCAAGGCACAGCGGGCAGCAGCCGGGGUUGGGGGCAGCCUGCGGGCCCAGGUGGAGCGGCUCCGGGCGGAGCUACAGCGGGAGCGGCGGCGAGGCGAGGAGCAGCGGGACAGCUUCGAGGAGGAGCGGCUGGCCUGGCAGGCGGAGAAGGAGCAGGUGAUCCGCUACCAGAAGCAGCUGCAGCACAACUACAUCCAGAUGUACCGACGCAACCGGCAGCUGGAGCAGGAGCUGCAGCAGCUCAGCCUGGAGCUGGAGGCCCGGGAACUCGCGGACCUGGGCCUGGCGGAGCCAGCUCCCUGCAUCUGCCUGGAGGAGAUCACUGCCACCGAAAUCUAGGGCCUUGGCAUCCAGCUCUGCGGGGAGGUCUACUGAAUGCAGAUGGUAGCCUCAGAUCCACUGAGGGCCCCGAAGUCUGAGGGCCCCGGGGCCACUUGUCCCCUGGGAUCCAGGCCUCUGGGCCUCUGUCAAGGACUCG